GGAAGAAACAGAGAGGGGGAGAGAGACCACCCCUUUCUUCCCAUCUCCAGGCACUUGCUGGGACUGAGGGGAAGCGCUGCACCUUCGAAGGUGGACAGAAAGACAGAGGCAGAGGGAGGCAGAGGCUGGGCUUUGGAGAGACAAAAGCCGAGCCAGGGAGAGGCUGCUGGUGGCGGUGCUUCUUCAGCCCCAUCCUCCUCUUCCUCCUCUUUCUCGUGGACACUUGCUGCCUGCGAAGAGGCAACACCAGCAGCAGCAGAAGCAGGGGAAAGCGGGGAAGGAGGGCAGGGAGGAAGGGAGGAGGACAAGCCCCCGCCGGGCUCUCUCUCGAUGGCCGUGUAGCCGCCGGCGCUGGAGCCCCGAGGAGACGAAGAAGCCGGGCGCCUUCCCCGGCCGCGGGCGCACCUUCCGCGGGACCCGCUCCGCGAUGCGCCCUGCUGCUCCCUUCUGAUGGCCAGCCCCGCGCCCGCCAUGCUCGCCCCCCAGCAGCACCCCCACCAGCAGCACCAGCAGCACCAGCAGCAGCAAGCCAACCAUGUCGUCGCCACCAUCGAGAACCUGCCGCCUGAAGGAAGCAGCGGCGGCGCCCGGAGCAACAGCCUCUCCGGCCCCCAUUCCGCCAACGUGCGCCAGAGGAUCCGGAAAGUCUUUAACAGGGAACUCCUGCUGUCUAUAGCUCUUGGGCAGGUCCUGUCCCUUCUUAUCUGUGGUAUUAGCCUGACCAGCAAGUAUUUGUCAGAUGAUUUUCAUGCCAACACUCCAGUCUUUCAGAGCUUCCUGAACUACAUUCUCCUAUUUUUGGUCUACACCACAACAUUAGCUGUUAGACAAGGAGAAGAAAAUUUACUGGCAAUCUUGAAACGAAGAUGGUGGAAGUACAUGAUCCUGGGGAUAAUAGAUAUAGAAGCCAAUUACCUGGUAGUUAAAGCUUAUCAAUAUACCACUUUUACUAGUGUACAGCUCCUAGAUUGUUUUGUCAUUCCCGUUGUGAUAUUACUUUCUUGGUUCUUCCUGCUGAUACGGUACAAGGCGGUACACUUCAUUGGCAUUGUGGUCUGCAUUCUGGGCAUGGGCUGUAUGGCAGGAGCCGAUGUCCUAGUUGGAAGACAACAAGGAGCAGGUGAAAAUAAACUUAUAGGUGAUCUUCUAGUGUUAGGGGGAGCUACUCUGUAUGGCAUCUCCAAUGUUUGUGAAGAGUACAUCGUACGAAACCUGAGUCGGGUGGAGUUCCUAGGCAUGAUCGGUCUGUUUGGAUCCUUUUUCAGUGGAAUUCAGCUUGCCAUAAUGGAACAUAAGGAGUUAUUAAAGGUUCCUUGGGAUUGGCAAAUUGGUUUGCUAUACGUUGGCUUUAGCGCCUGCAUGUUUGGUCUCUACAGCUUCAUGCCUGUGGUCAUUAAGAAAACGAGUGCUACAGCGGUCAAUCUCUCCCUGCUUACAGCAGACUUGUACAGCCUUUUCUGUGGAUUUUUUCUCUUCCACUAUAAGUUUUCAGGACUUUAUCUGCUGUCAUUCUUCACGAUCCUUGUUGGGCUGGUGCUGUACUCCUCCACAUCCACGUAUGUUGCCCAAGAUCCACGGGUGUACAAGCAGUUCCGAAACCCUUCUGGACCUGUUGUAGACUUACCAGCCACUGGGCAGCUAGAGCCUUCAGUCACAUACACCAGCCUAGGCCAGGAAACAGAAGAAGAACCUCACGUCCGAGUUGCCUAAGCGCAGGCCUUUGCCACCCCUUGGCGGAGUGUGCAUCUCCAUUAUCUCUGUAUCAUUCAUAGAGAAAGGUAUUUACCGGAUGCAGUUGCUCAGGUGGGCUGCAAGGUAGCAAAUAGGGAAGGCUUGUGAAAUUACAGACUAAAUUAUUUUGAAGUGUGAAUGACUAAGAGCAGUGACUCUCAGUCUUUUUGCUCUUUUAAGUGGAGUUCCUCUGCAAGUUGUCAGUGGGUUCCUUAGUGAGAAGUUCAGAAAUAGUGGGCAAGCUAGCUUGUAGAACAGCUUGUCUAUCACCAAGCUUCCCUUGGAUUAUAUGUAGUGGGCAUGUUCUCAGCUACACACUCAGUUUGGUAACAGUAACACCCAACUUGUCUGGCAGAUGCCAUAUUUGAACUGAGUGUCUUCUCCAGAACAUUCCCCCAAGAAUCCUCUCCUGUCUGCUAGUGUUUCGUGGCAAAGGGUUCCUCAGCAGAUGUUGAGGUGAAAAGUAGGCAUGAUCACGAUUGCACAAUUCUGCUCAUGAGUCUGAAAUUCCUGCCUCAUAUGUCCUCUUCCCCAAAGCAAAACCCGUUAGAGAAUAGUGACCUGUGGGAAAAGAUCUUUUUUUACUGGAGAACCUGUGUCUUUGACUGUAGGGUCCAAGGAUCUUUGGAAGAAGAAGAACCAAAUGGCACUCUCUCUACUCAUAAAUACCUAUGGAAGAUCAAUACUAGUCCUCGGUGGCAAAUAAUCUGAUAGAGUAGCCAUUCCUGCCAGACUUUUAGUCAGUGCCCUAUAUGGCAGUCUGAAUGUUCACCAGUGCCACCACUUUGCCCCCUACUUCUUCCUCAGAAGUGGCUUUGUGUUUUGGAGAAGGGGGAGAGGCAGGAAUUGCCCCUGCAAACCCUCAAGUACUUCCAAGAGAUCUGGAGGGUGAAACUGCUUGACAACAUUUGUAACAAGAAGCCGGUCAUGCCACAAGGCAAAACUCUAUGUAAGCCACUCUAAAUAAUACCUGCAGAAGCUCAGAAUUCCAAAACAAACCAAAAGGAUAUUUCUGCACAUCUUGUGCUCUGACUUUGCCAGUGGUUAUAUGAUGCUUCAAAAAAGCUACAUUUGUACAAUAGGAGGCCUUUCACACUAUAUAAUUAUAGCACUGCCAUCCCACUUCAACUGUGUUGGCUGCAUCCUAUGGAAAACAUGACAUUUAAAGAGGAACCAUAGUACCACAAUUCUGGAUAAAGGGCCCUAGGUCCACAUGCACACAGACACUCUCAACCAGUCAUGGUUUGUUUAAUAUAGAAUAGGGCAGGUUACUCAUAAUACCUAUACCCUAGUGCCAUUUUGUUUAUUCUCCCAUCAUAGCCUCUGACUGCUCACACUUUAAGGCAGAUUUCCCCAACCCCCUGCCUUGCAAAUGUGAGGGGUUACAGAUCCCAUAAUCCCCAGCCACCUGGAAGGUGUCAGGUUAGGCAAGUAAAUCAUUCAGCGAAGCUAGAGGAUUGACAAUUGACGAUCUUCAUCUCUAUUCUAGGAAUAGGUUGAAAACAAACAUUUUAACCCCUUUUUACAAAAUAAUAACAACUAUGACACUGAUGCACAUCCAUCUUUGUAAAAUGGUAACGGUUCUCUAUUUGGUGACAGGGAUAUUAUAUUUCCCACUUCAGUGUCUUAAUCUUGCAAAUACAAAACCAGUUUCUUACCUUUUUCAAAAAAGAAUAUCUACCAAGAAACAUGUUUUCUAUUUUUAAAAAAAUAUUUAAUUUGGACUUGUGCCUAAAGAGGCAAGAAUAGAGUCCAGUUUUAUAGCUUUUCCUCAUAUGAGGUGAACACAGUAGACAGUUUUCUAUUACCAGACUUCAUUUAUUCAGGAAGCGUUAAGAAUUCAAAUGUGUUCACAGAUCUUGUGGUUCAAUCCACAUUUUUCACCGAAGAAUCUUAAGCUAGUCGUAUUUCUUUUUCCAAAUCCUUUUCUAUUAUCUUUUUUGAUACGAUUAUAUUUGCCACAUGGGACCCUCUUACAUUACCACUGGUUAUUGUUGGGUUACAUUCACCACAGAAACCAGACAGCCCAUUCCUUGCGCUCACAUCCAUUCCAAAGGCAUGUAACAUUUUGCACUCAUACAUUAUGUGACAUCAUGUAACCAUUUCCAAACCUGUACGUUAUUGAGAUGGGAAACUUAAUCUAGAUUGGCCAGGAUUCAUACAGUGAAUGGUUAUAAAUGCUAAAUUUGCUAUGAGAAAUAGGUUAUCUUAUUGUUUUCAGUCCUAGAGCCUGGAAACAUUUUCCUUCUCUGCUGCUCUCAGAAUCCUUCAGCUACAGAAUGCUAUCUGUAAGACUUUAAGAGUUUGUCCUAAAAGCAACCUUUCUAAGCAUUAUUCAAUUCAUACUCAGUUGCAAGGUUAAUAUCUAUUUAGGUUUUUAGUAUGGCACAGGGGUUACAGACUAUUCUCAUUCACUAACCCCCAUCUCUGAUUCAGGUUGUUCUGUGAUAUAUGACAACCAUCAUAUAUUCCCAAUAUCUGUGCAGAUUCAUUUUCUGCUGAAAUUGAAAAGGGGCUGUGAGAAGAACACUGGGCAACCCCACCCUUUUGCCCAGAUUUGGUUUAGCAGAAUCUGCUGAAUGAAGAUUUGUUUCCCUCAAGGACACAAUGAUAUCCUUUCUAUAAUAGUUAUAUGCCCCAAACAUUUUUAAGCCUCUGAUCAUCUCCUUGCAAUGAUUUGGCUACUUUAUACCCUAAUCCUAAAUAUGUUUACCUGUAAAAAAGACUGGAAUAGGACUUGGCAUUAAAUAAUUCCAGCAUUUGCAGAGUUAAGCCAUUCUCGUGCAUCACAUUUUUGCCUCAAACCAGGCUUUAUGGUAGAACAAGCUUCCAUGUUUGCAUUCCCUAUGGAUGGACCAAAUUCCACAUUAUACAUACAAAUGUAUAUUUGAACGUCGCAAUGAACCAUUAUUUUAAAAUAUUGAACAGGCUUGACAUCGCAUAGCUUAAUUAUAUAAGGCAGCAGAACGAAAGGGAACAUUUCACUUGUUCCUUGUUUACUCCUGAAAAAUUGCAUCCUGUACUGCCAAUGAGGUCACAAAUACAUCUUUACCUUCACCAGUCUAAUGUAAAUGCUUUUUGGUUCUCUUUUGACUAUUCCCAAUUAGUAUGGGAACUGCUGUCUCAGAAGUUGCCCUGAGACAUCAGUAUCCAGAGUCACAGUAGGGGUGCUGCUAAACUGCUGGCGUUGCUCCAGACACCAGCUCAUAAUCCAAGCAAAAGACUAGGAAUAUACUCCUUACUGUGUGCUGGAUUGUGGCUAGAUGAUUUUUUAAAAUUCAGAGGCAAUAAUGUAGGCAACUAUCUACAAACACUUGCCAGAAUAAUCUCCCUUUCCCAUGAGGCUAAAAAUGUUGCAGAUUUCAUUUGGCUAGUCUUGAUUUGUGAGCUUGUAGAUAGAGGCUUAACUGAAAACAAAAGUGUCAUUGAUUUCUCUAGAGCCCACAUGCCUUGAAAGAAGCAAGGAAGGGAUCUGUGCCGCAGUGAUAGGAAAGUGUUUUCAAGAGAUUUCCUUGCAGUGGAAGAGUCAAAUAACUUCAUUUAUAGCUUAGUCUCCAGAUGGCCAUGGGAAAAUACUAGUUUACCUGCCUCCAGGGAAUACAAAUAAAGAGAUGAGACUAGAAAGGAAUUGGAUAUUUCCCGAAUGAGCCAGGAAACAUUUUCUUACAUUCUUAGCACUGUCCAUCUAAGAUAAUAGUCUUAGAACUGUUUUAGCUGAAAACUUGAUUUUUAACAAGAACUGCUCAUUGCUAAAAGAUUAGUGCCUCCUUCCUGGGGGCAGUUGGAAGUAUAACUUAUUAUUCUCUGAAAGCAUUGUUCUGAAAUUUUAAAAAAUCCAUCUUGAGAAUUAUAUAGCAUGGCUAUCAAAUUUCAUGAUGGUCUAGAUUCACAUGUCCUUGCACCCAACCUGUCUUGUGUUCAGACAUCACCAUGAAGGUUCACAUUCAUCAGUUCUCUGAGAAAAGACACACAUUCCUUGUGUGGAGCCUUCACAUCUCUUAGAUCAGUGUGGUCCAACCUUUAGUUACCUGAGGGCCAAUCAAACUUUAGUAUAGGAAUGUAAGGGCCAGAGACAUUUCAGAAAGAAAACGUUUCUUAAAAACUUAAAGCAGUAAGCAGGGUAAACAAUUUUUUUCCAAAUGUUAAAUUAAAAUGUUUUUCCAAUAAGAAGGGCAAGGGCCAACAAAAAUGAAUUGGUGGGCCGCAUGCGGCCCAUGGGACACAGGUUGGACCACACUGCCUUAGAUCAUAUAAAACCGCCAAGAUCCCCACAAUUUACAUAAAAUAAUAUAGGUCCUCCGCAUCAGUGACUUAGGUACAAAUGUGUCAGGAGCAGAGCCCCAUCAUAAUUGAAGCCUCACUUGCCAAGAAAUGGGAGGGGUUUUGAAAUGUCACACACACCCCUUGCACCCCGAUCAACAACUCUUGCUCUUGUAGCAACCAGCUGUUAAGGUGGACCGGGGGAGGACUUUAUGAUUGUAGCAAUUAUGGCACAAUAAUUGCUCCAAUCAUUGAGCAGUUUCAGAUCCAUUAAUUCUAGGUUACAAAUACUAGUAUUUAUGUCGAGUGCUAAGUGGAUAGCACCAAUUGUCCCAUGGAUCACGAAGUUACAAAGAGGCCUUUAUCUUCAGCUUCACUUUGCAUACAUGAAACUUCAAUACAAACUAGUAAUUCUGUAACUUCUACAUAAUCUUCUAUAUCUGACAUCUCUGACAAAAAUGCCACACUCUUCCUUGCAUCUUCCAUCAGUCCUCUUCUGCUUCACCAUGAGGGCUGAAACUCUCUACUGCACAGCACACCAUCUAAGUAAUAUUGGACAGGUAAGAAGCAGGACUAGCAUCCAGACUAUAAAGCAGUUAUACAGCCUCAGCUUUCAGAUAACAUUGUUAGAACUGGGGUGUUCCUGUUAGACCAGUGGUUCUCAAGCUAUGGGUCCCCAAAUGUUUUGGCCUUCAACUCCCAGAAAUCCUAACAGCUGGCAAACUGGCUGGGAUUUCUGGGAGUUGUAAGCCAAAACACCUGGGGAUCUAUGGACUGAGAAGCACAAUGUUAAAUGAUCAUUCCUACAUUUGGUGCAAAUGACUCUUGAGGGGGUGGGGGGGGGGUUGGCCAAGCCCCAGGCACUGCUUGAAGACCACUUACAUCCUUAACUUAUCACUUCAUUUAGGCUUAAAUAUUGGCUUGACUCCUCCGCUCAAGCCACUUUUUACAAAUAGAGGAUUCAGUUCUGAAAACACUUUGAUAAACUUAGAAUAGAAAUCCUAGAAGUUGAAUUACCUGUAUCUAAGUGUGUUCAUGAAAGGGGUCUUAAUUAUUUUCUCAGGUUUCAAAUCAGGACUCUACUGACAGACAUUGCCAUCUCCCCGUCUUUUUUGCUACCUUUUGUACCAAUUAAAUACCUUUCUCUGAGUCUGCUGUUUCAUGUUUGAUCUUAACCACUUCUUGGAGAAUUUGUGUGUUUGUUUUCUGUUUAAACACAUUUAUUUUGUAUCUUUGUUGGGUCUUUUUUUUUUUUGAGGAUCUCAAUUUUUAGUAUUUAUUUUGUAAGCCAAAUGUUCUUGUAGGGUUUUCCUUUGAAUUUCUCAUUUUUGUGACACUAAUUUGUAGGUUAAGUCUCAAUGAAAACAAACUGGAUGGAACUCAGCAUACCAGUCAAUUCACUGACAAGAGGGUUUUUAAAAAAAAUCAAAAUGGGGGUGGAAUCCCAGAUGGUUAAAAAGUUGCAAUCUGGGGUUAUUUUUCUAUAGCGUUUCAUAAGAAGUCAAUUUUACUGGAGACACAGGGAAAUGCUUAGUGCUGCACUGUUCACCUAAUAAAACUGUGUUCACACAGAUCACUGAGUCCAUUACCCUAUGAAGCUGCCUUAUAUCCAGACCAAUAAUGUUUACUCUGGCUGGCAGCAUCUCUCCAAGAUCUCAGGCAGAGACCUGUCAGUUUAUCUACCUUGGGGCUGUUGGGAUAUGGUCCCAGCACUGUCCCUGUGCAAAUGAGUGCUUCUAAUUGAUAGGCUAUCCUUAGUGAACACUGUCAAUUAUUAGGACAGGUAAACUGUGAAGAUUAUUUGCUAUCUCUAGCUAAAGAUCCAGCUUGUCUGUUUACGUACACUUAAAAAAACUGGAAUAACUUUGUAAGUCUUAUCUAAUGGAAGCAAGGGCCAUCAAUGAAAUGUAUUUUUCUAAUAGUUUGAUUCCCUGCCAUUUCAAGAACUGCAGUGGACACCAGCAAAGAGCUUUCUGUCCCCCAGGUAGCUAUAAUACCAGCUAAAAACAAUGACUUCGUAAGUACUGUAUAGACCAAAUCCCCAAAUAAAAAUGUGUUCAGCUAUCUUGUUGGUGCUGACUGGAUAGUAGCAAAACAUCUCAGAUGAAAACUGCAGUGAGCAGCUCAGUUUUUCUUCAGUGGACUUUAAAACCACAAUUACCAACAAGGACAGACCAAGUAAUUGAUAUUUUGCACCACUGUGUCAGAUGAAGACGCUUCAGUGUAUAGUUUAGAUAUUGCUAACUUGUGCCAUUAACAUUUUCAACAAGUGUGUAGUAUUUUCUCUUUUAAAGAAACAUUUUAGUAUUCUUGAGUUAUCUAAAUAAAUACAAAUUUUACCCCAUGGGUAGGAUUUUAAUUGUAAAUGCCAUAAUAAAGCACAUUAAUUUUGACACCUAUAAAUUGAAGUAAGUACCAAAAACGAAGAAACAAUGUCCAACAAUUUUCACUGAGAACAAAUUAUCUUUUGUUUUGAUAUUUGCAUGCUCCAACAUGAACUGGCUGUGGCAAUGUAAUGCCUGUACAAUGUUUUCAAAUAAAAAGAAUACAUCCUUUA